AUGAAUCUCCCCAGCAUCCUCUCCUUCUACAUCAUCCUCUCCUUCUACAUCAUCCUCUCCUUCUACAUCAUCCUCUCCUUCUACAUCAUCCUCUCCUUCUACAUCAUCCUCUCCUUCUACAUCAUCCUCUCCUUCUACACCGCGCUCUCCGCCCGCCCCUGCCGUCCCUGCGUCCGGAAGCAGCGCACCCGGACGUCCAGCCCUCUCCUUUACUCCUUCCCCAAUGACAUAGUGUUUGAUUUCGAGCCUGAGCCAGACUUCGGAGGUUCUACCUCAGGUCUUUCUGCGACUCCUCCUGCUUCUCUUCCUGGUUCACUCACAAACGUGAAAAUGCCCCAGAAGUCUCCCUGCCAGCAGAGGGAGCGCAAGAGCUCGUCCUCCUCCGAAGACCGCAAUAAGAUGAAAACGUUGGGUCGGCGCGACUCGAGCGACGACUGGGAGAUCCCCGAGGGGCAGAUCACUCUGGGGCAGCGCAUCGGCUCCGGCUCGUUUGGAACCGUCUUCAAAGGGAAGUGGCACGGCGACGUCGCGGUGAAGAUGUUGAACGUCACGGCUCCGACUCCUCAGCAGCUGCAGGCCUUUAAGAACGAAGUGGGCGUGCUCAGGAAAACGCGUCACGUGAACAUUCUGCUGUUCAUGGGCUACACGACCAAACCGCAGCUCGCCAUCGUGACCCAGUGGUGUGAGGGCUCCAGCCUGUACCACCACCUCCACAUCAUCGAGACCAAGUUUGAGAUGAUCAAACUCAUCGACAUCGCGCGGCAGACGGCGCAGGGCAUGGAUUAUCUACACGCAAAGUCCAUCAUCCACAGAGACCUGAAGAGCAACAACAUCUUUCUUCAUGAAGACUUGACGGUGAAGAUCGGAGACUUCGGUCUGGCCACAGUAAAGUCUCGCUGGAGCGGCUCUCAUCAGUUUGAGCAGCUGUCCGGCUCCAUUCUGUGGAUGGCUCCAGAGGUCAUCCGGCUCCAGGACAAAAACCCGUACAGUUUCCAGUCGGACGUUUACGCCUUUGGGAUCGUCCUGUACGAGCUCAUGUCCGGAGCCCUGCCCUACUCCAACAUCAACAACAGAGACCAGAUCAUCUUCAUGGUGGGCAGGGGGUACCUGUCUCCUGACCUCAGUAAGAUUCGCAGUAACUGUCCCAAAGCGAUGAAGAGGCUGAUGGCCGAGUGCCUGAAGAAGAAGAGAGAGGAGCGCCCCCUAUUUCCACAGAUCCUGGCGUCCAUCGAGCUCUUGGCGCGCUCUCUCCCUAAGAUCCACCGCAGCGCCUCAGAACCGUCUCUGAAUCGUGCCGGGUUCCAGACCGAGGACUUCAGCCUUUACGCCUGCGCAUCGCCCAAGACGCCAAUCCAGGCCGGCGGAUACGGGGAGUUUUCGGCGUUCAAGUAGAAGUCCUCCACAGAAUCCUUCACAAAAUCCUCCAAAAAACUCCAAACGAAGCUCCGACGUGGAAUCUGCGGCGCUUUCCCACGAACUGAGCCAGAGUCCAGAGACACGGGGCCGCGCUCGGAAAAAACUUGAAAGAUUGUUCUCAAACCAUUCGGAAUCUCUGUUUUUAGAGAGCUUUUGGGGAAAAGGAGAAAGAAG